AUGCAGACGGCGAGUGAGGAAGCCGGGGCUGGGGUGCGGCCGGGUAUUGUCUCGCUGCUCCGGCAGAUUGUGGCCGAAGAGGGCGUGGUGGGCCUCUUCCGCGGCGUUUACGCGCCGCUCGCCGGAGCGAUGAUGGAGAACUCUGUGGCCUUUGCGUCGAACGAGUACAUCAAAGUCCUGCUCGGGCUCAAAGACGACGAGUCGACCACGCCGCUUGGCAUGCUGUGGCUGUCUGGGGCCGGGACGGCGCUCCCGGUCUCGUUGGUCACCUCGCCUACCGAGCUGAUCAAAACGGUGAUGCAGGUGAACCGCGGAACGGGCUCGUACUACUCGACGUUCAAGCUUGUGGUCGACUCGGGUGCCCGUCCGUUGGGCAUCACCCACGGGUGGACGGUGACUGCGCUCCGCGAGAUGGCGUUCUACGGUGUGUACUUUGCCUCGUACGAGGGAAGCAAGCGCGGCCAACUGACGGCCGGUGGCGUCGCCGGCUGCGUCGGCUGGACCAUCUCGUACCCGGUCGACAUCAUCAAGUCGCGGGUCCAGGCCAUGGGCCACCUCCCGCCAGGUACCGCCGACUCGCGCAUCGCCUCGGUCGCUGCCACCCUCUACCGACGCGGCGGAUUCAAGGCCUUCUACCGCGGCCUCGGCACCACCCUCAUCCGCGCCUUUCCCGUCAACGCCGCUACGUUUGCCGCCUAUGAGCUCGCCAUGUCGGUCCUCUCCUCCGAUGUGGCCCCUAUCAUCUCGCCCUCGCCCGAGCCUGCGCUGUGACUCACUGGCCUGCUCUUCGGCCCAUCGACUUAUCAGCCCUCGCACUCUCUCCGUCACCUCACCGCCAUUGCACCGCCACCACACCCAUUCAUCGAUCGCCUCGCACUCCCUCCGCCACCUCACCGCCACCACAACCACCAAACCCAUUUCGCCCGUCCAACGCACAGCACCGCACCGCACCGCCCCGCACCGCACGUUGUCCCUGUAUUCGUUCCGCCGAAAAGCGACACACC